CUGUGCAGACUAUGUUUAAGUUUUUCCCCAGCAUCCGUAGCAUCACCGAACUGUCCCAGAGCUCAAACAUGAGGUUUAUGCAGUUCCGCGCCCACGACAAGUACGCGCUGCACCUCAGCAAGAUGGAAAAGCGGGAGAAGGAGCGAGGCUCACACAUAUCAUACAUGUUCCGGUUACCCUUCGCCGCCGGCAACGUCUUCAGCGCCUCGAUGCUGGACACGCUGCUCUAUCAAGCCUUCGUGAAGGACUAUGUGAUUACGUUCGUACGGCUGCUGCUCGGCAUCGAUCAAGCUCCCGGCAGUGGGUUCCUCACCUCGAUGAAGAUCACCAAGGACGACAUGUGGAUACGUACGUACGGUCGGCUGUAUCAGAAGCUUUGCUCAACGACCUGCGAAAUCCCGAUCGGUAUCUACCGUACGCAGGACACGUCCAGUGCGGAUGCAUCACAUGUGAGUAACUCGCCAGUCGCCGAAAAAUGGCGUCCGUUUGGAUCUUUCGGAACCUUUAAACAUUGUGUGCGGUUGCGACCAUCGUAUGAAGAGGAAGUGGUUACGACCACCGCCACCGCUAGCAGCACCUCCGCCACCGGCGUACCGAUCAAGGGGGUGGCGGAAGCGAACCUCCGGGGCGUAACCUAUCGCCCGCCGCCGGCCACAAUCCGCAAGUCAUCGUCCUGUCUGGGUGGAUGCACCGCCCGUAAAGGAUCGAGCUACUCGAUCAAUAUGGCCGACGAGGCGCGCGAUAACCACGUGCAGCAGAUCGAACGGGCCGAGAUCGCAAACCUGGUGCGCAGUCGGAUGGAGUCGCUCAAUCUACCGAGCAUCGACUAUGACGACGUGAGCGAAAAGCGCAACCAUCUGUCGUACGUGAUCAUUAACCCGUCAUGCGAUCUGAAGCUGGAGGAGGGCGACAUCAUCUACCUGGUACGGCCCUCUCCGUUCUCGGCCCAGAAAACGUUCGAGCGGCACAACUCGCGCCGCAAGUCCAACAUAUCAUUCUGCUCCAACAUCAACCUGGCGGCGGCGGCGGCCGGCUCGCGGCGCGGCUCCGGCAUCGGCCUGAACACCAUCGGUGGACCGCAGCCGAUGUCAGGUUACGUAACGCCCCGGGCGCCUCCGCUGGUCACAACAAAAUCGAAUUCUCUAUCUCUUCCAGAUAGUCCUAAUGCAAUGGGACAGAUGCGGGGAAGGAGCAACUCCUUGAGGAUUGACAGCGACAUCUUGCUGAGACGCUCCAACUCACUGCGACAGGGACUGCCGAACAUCGGGGCAGCGGGACGCCGGAAGUCAUCGCUGGAGGAAAUCGGCAUCAGCCACUUUGCGACCCUGAUGCAGGCAACGAAUCACUCGAACCCGAUCAAGAUUGCUCUGAACGGUAGCAUCGGACUGGAGGUCACUCCACCGGAAGAACCGCUACCAAUCAUCGGUGUACCGUGCCUGAGCGGUGGCAUUAACCCGUCUACGCUCGGUGGACCCGGUUCCGGUCUGGGAGGCUCAACGCUGGGCGGUUCCACACUCGGCGGUUCGUCGCUUGGGCUGAGCACGGCCGUCGAGUCGAACAAUAGCGCCUCAACGCCGAACAUCCAGAUGCAGAACGAAUCCUCCCAGCAGCAGCCCCAGCAUCUGCAUGGCACGAUAGUAUGAUAUAACUUAAUGUGGGGCCGCAGGCUCCGCUCAGCGGUACGGAACAACAAGUGGAUAUAGAGCUAGCCAAACGCCCGUCGCUGCAGUCGUAGGUACUAGAUGAGAGAGGAGACCGCCCAUCCGUCAUCCGUUCGCGAUCGAGACCGUUUAGCUCCCUAACUCAACCGUAGGGAUGUCAGAGCUUUACAAUAGGGUCACAGUAGCGCCCUCCCCUCCUCUAUCCUGUACUGUUCCUGUGCAUUAACCCAGGACUACUAGAUCGAUAGCAUUCAACGAACAGAAGAAGAAAAAAAGCAAACCGGUAGAGUACCAACGACCAGAUGGCAACGGGUUCGUUAAGACGCCAUGCGUAGCACGAUUUCACUGAUACAUAGCACACUUAGCACGGUUAGACCCUACGAAGAAUAAGAACACUUACUAAACACAGCUGGACAAAAAAGGUGGACCGAAGGCAACACAAAUGGUAAAUUUUUGUACUUACUCAUUGAUACUGCAAACACACAGAACAAUAGGAAGCAGUGCUAGAGAGAAGACUGCUGCUGCUACUACUACAACUACUACUAUUACUACUAAUGCUAACAGAAACCAUACAGUUGCUUGUAAAGUUGUCGUUACUUUCGAGGAGAAGAUGCACACACGCCCACAUACAACCAGUGACUGUAUGUGUGUGUUUUGUAUGUAGUAAUUAAGGACUGGUUCCGGCACGGUUUGGAGCAUACCUUGUACAUACACGGCCAAACACGGGGACGCAACGAAACGGAACACUACCAACAAACAAACAAGAAAAAUGGUCAACAAAAUUAACAAUGCCGAGCUGCGAGAGGUUAUAGCAACACGCCACAUUGCCGCAACGAUACUGCCAAAUUGGCAAGCGAUGGCAGCGCCUCCUCGGAUACAAUUGUGUUUGUGUGUGUGUGUUUAGGAGCAGAGAAAACGAGAUGCAUGUAUGUUGUGCGAUCAUAUCGAAUGAUGAGCGCUCAGUGUGAGUGUGUGUGUGCGCGCUCACUUGUAAAUAGUGAUAUUACUCUCAUUACGCGCGUUAUCCCUGCAGUUGUUGCUGGUUUUGUGUUACAAGGGUGCAUUGUUUUGGUUUGCACAAUAAAAAAAAAAAACAAAAAGAUUUAAAUGCUUCGGCGGAUGGGAAGAAACCUCCGCUGUAUCCUGUAGCGUAAUUAGCUCGCCUAUAAAUCCAAAUACCAAGUGGUCCAAUGUAGUGAACAACAGUGCAGUAGUUAGAAGAGACUGUGCACACUCACAGAGUGUGAGAGUGUGAGUGUGUGUGAGUGCGUGUGAGUGUGUAGCUGAGUAGGAACGAAUUGAUUUAGCAAUGAUUUAGCAUCGUAUAGUGUGUAAUGUGAAUCACACCUACCCAAAAAACAACACACUGUACAUAAAAUGUACACUAGCAGGUGUCUUUUAUUGAAUCAAAGAAGAAGAAGAAGACAAAAAACUAGCAUUAGAAGCAAUCCAUCGAAAGAACACUUUCUUUUGCUUUGAGAUUUUGAAUUGUGAAUGCUCUCUCUCUCUCUCUCUCUUCCUCCAUCCUUCAGGAUACUGGUCUAUCAAUCAUUUUGCUAUCAUCCUAACCCACCCUCCCCAUGUUCUCGUCCUGUAAAACAGGUGCUGGUUUGAAAAAUAUCAACAAAAAAAAGAAAAAAAUAACAAAAAAUGGUCUAACUACUACUAAAGCUACUACCCUGCUACAACCCCCGUUGCUUUGGACGUUUGUUAAGGGGUUCAUCCGUUACGUUUAAGAGCUCCGAAUGCACUCAGUUUCGGUUACUGCUUCGGAUCAAAAUGUUUAUCAAGCCACUGUGUUUGGAAGCGGAGAGGAUUUGAUUAAACGUUGAAUUUAGAGGGGAAUAUAUAAAUAGGUAUAUUUUUCUAAAAGUCUCAUGUUUAUAGUAAAAUAUUCAAUUUCCUUUUUCGUACACUGUGCAUAAUAUUAGGGUGGUAACACUGAAAACAGAGUAAAAGAAUAGUCAGCAGUUGUACAUAAGAUACAUAAAUAGAGAAAGUAUUGUAGUAAUAGUGGGUUCGGGGUUUUCCUUUCACGUCAACUAACAAUUGUGUGCAAUUUUUAAGCUUCCUAGGCAGCUAACUUUAUGUCAACAAGAUACAAAUGCCCUUGCGGCGCUUUAAAGUGUGAUAAAUAAUUCAACAUGUAUUGUGGCCAACGUUUACCUUCUUUCCCUUUGAUCAAGUCUUUCUUUCAAUUAAAUCAAAAAUAUUGUUAAAAUGUUUAUCAAAGUCUGGAAGUACUCUGUUAAAAACACAAUUGUUAGAUGACAAAACGGGGGAAAAACGCUGUACAACUCACACAUCUACAUUUAUAAACAGAUACAAACAAACAAAAAGCUACUGUUACAUAGUGUAAUGUACUUAGGGACUACCUUUGCGUUGAAUCAAAUCUAAGAGAAAGGAAGAGUUUAUUUUUCGAUUUUUCGAUUUUUCUCGUACGACUUUCGUAUAACAAACAAACAAACUUGAACAAACAAACAACGGUCUUAAAAAAAAUCAACAAACAACGGAACAGGACCCGGUUUCUCGGGUGCUUCUGCUCCACGUUCAAGUAAGAAAAAAAUCAUCGCUUUGGUAUACUGUAAACGCUUUACAAAAUGGGCAAGGGUGAAUCGACGGAUCAAAUGGCUACUAGAACGCUACUAGAACUGUGGCUGGGGGUGAUGGAAGAGUGUGGAAGAUAAAGAAAAUAGAGAGAGAGAGGGAGGAAAAUUUCUCAGGACAGCCUCCAAGGAAAUGGCGUGUGUGUGUGGAAAAGUCGGAAAACUGUAGGCAUAAUUGUAGACGUUAUUCGACGGGAUGUAAAAAAUGAAGGAGGUGACAGACAGACAGACAGACAGACAGUGUGACAACAUGCUUAAAAACUAACUAGUCAACUAACGCCUCCCUUUUUGAACGAGCACUGUGUAAUCGUAAGCACGUGAUCGUAAGAGAAAGAAAGGGAGAGAAAACGAGAGUAAAUAUAAAAUAAUAAUUUGCAAGUACUAAUUAUACUAAUCAUACUAAACUACUAAUCGAAAGGGUAAGAAAAAGGCAGAAAAGAGCGAAAAAAAGAGAAGGAUAGAAGAAUAUUUAAUUCAUAGCACCAUUACCCCGUCUCUCCCCACCUCCGACUACAUAAUACAUUAGCGUGAAGAAAAAGCGAGCGUGUGAUUUGGUUGCUAGGAAAGAGACAGCAAGCAAAAGAGAGAGCGAGAUGAGACGAAAAGAGGCUCACCUCACCAAUCGACACUGCAUUGCUAAUAAGAAAGCGAACCUGUCAACUGUCGAACAAAAGAGAGCGUGAGAUUGCGAGAGAGAGGGAAAGAUAGAAUGAGGUGCCAUUCUGGUGAGAGUGUUCGAAGCAACUGUUACAACUACUAAAAAUGCCUUAGGAAUGGAAUUUUAGGUGUCAAGCGUCAAGUCGGACGCGAAGCUUUGGAAUAUAACUGUAAUCUCUAACACAUCAAGCGAUCAUAUGAGAGGGAGCGAGAGAGAAAGAAAAUCUAAAUAAAUAAAUGCAACAACCCAAAAGAGAGCCCGAUGAAUUGCUGUGCUGUGUAAGAUAGAAUCGGUCCGGAAAUUUUGUAUUAUAUAAAACUAAGCAGUUAAGAAAGUAGUAGCGCAACAGCCGCCGACCGGCACGAACGGGCACACAACAAAAGGCACAAGUCGAAAGGCACAGAGCUCAAGCAAAGGGCAAUGGCGCGAGAGAAAUACACAGAAACACACACACACACAUAGUAAUAGAGUGGACAACAACCACACCAAACCAACAUAACAUAUGCUAGUGCUUAAAAAUAGACGAAAACGGUUUAGAUUUUAAAAUCUCGUUUGUUUUUUUAUCUAACAAUAAUUGCACCACCUCAGAAGGGG